AAUUGAGGGACAAAGACAGAAUUGAAAAAUUUAAAACGACAAAAUGAAAAUAUUGAUAACCCUGAUGAUCCAGUUCCGAAAAAGCAACAGAAAUUAGAACAAUGGAAAAAUGGAAAAUCUAUAGCUACACAAAAAACGUUAGAUACCGCUAUAUUACGAUUUGUUAUUGAAGAGAUUCAACCUCUCUCUAUUGUCGAUAAACCAUCGUUUAUAAAUCUAGUCAAAAUCGGAAUACCUUCAGCUAUUCGAGUGAUGUGUAGAAAAACGUUAAAAGAAAAACUCAGUCAAGCAUAUACUAUAAUGAAAUCUGCUCUAGAAAAUAAAUUAGCCGAAAUCGAGAUAGUAUCAACUACAGCAGAUUUGUGGAGUAAGGUAAAAAGGAGUUAUUUGGGAAUAACGGCUCACUGGAUUAAUCCAGUAACUUUUGCAAGAGAAUCGGCUGCAUUAGCUUGCCAUAGAGUUCAAGGAAAACACACAUAUGAUAUUUUAGCGAAGGAAAUUAAUUCUAUCUUUUUAAAAUAUCAUAUACAAAACAAAGUUUGUUGUACGACGACCGAUAAUGGUUCAAAUUUUGUUAAAGCAUUUCGAAUUUUCGAAAAAAAUGAAGAUGAAAAUGAUGAGGAACCCACAUAA